GGAGGUGGCGGUGGCGGGAGGGUCGGAGCCAUGGCGGCCAGGACUGCGGGAGUGGGGCGCUGGGAGGUGGUGAAGAAGGGCCGGCGGCCCGGGGCCGGCGGCCGUGGUCGAGGCGGCGGAGGGGAUCGCCGGGCGCUUGGGGAGGCGAACGGAGUGUGGAAAUACGACCUGACCCCUCCAAUCCAGACGACAAGCACCCUCUAUGAACGGGGCUUUGAGAAAAUCAUGAAGCGGCAGAAUAAGGAGCAGGUCCCACCCCCUGCUGUGGAAUCUAAGAAACCAGUAAACAAGAAGCCGGCUAAGAAAGCGGCAACCCUCUCCAACCAAACGCAGAAACAGGGCCGCUUCCGCAGCCUCGAAGAGGCCAUGAAAGCUCUGGACGUGGCAGCUCUGCAGAAGGAACUGGACAAGAGCCAGAGCGUGUUCACUGAGAACCCGUCAGUGUGGUUGAAGGACCUCGCCAGUUACCUCAACUACAAGCUUCAAGCACCUCUAAGUGAACCCACACUAAGCCAGCAUCCUCAUGAUUAUCCCUACAGCCUGGUGAGCCGGGAACUGCGUGGGAUCAUCCGCGGGCUCCUGGCGAAGGCUGCUGGAUCUCUGGAGCUCUUUUUUGACCACUGUCUAUUCACCAUGCUGCAAGAGCUGGAUAAGACGCCAGGGGAGUCACUUCAUGGUUACCGCAUCUGUAUCCAGGCAAUUCUGCAAGACAAGCCCAAGAUUGCCACCAUGAACCUAGGCAAGUUCCUAGAACUGCUGAGGUCCCACCAGAGCCGACCACCAAAGUGUCUGACCAUCAUGUGGGCACUGGGUCAAGCAGGUUUUACCAACCUCACCGAGGGACUGAAAGUAUGGCUGGGGAUCAUGCUGCCCGUGCUGGGCAUGAAGUCUCUGUCUCCCUAUGCCAUUGCCUACCUGGAUCGACUGCUGCUGAUGCACCCCAACCUUACCAAAGGCUUUGGCAUGAUUGGCCCCAAGGACUUCUUCCCACUUCUGGACUUCGCCUAUAUGCCCAACAACUCCCUGACACCCAGCCUGCAGGAGCAGCUGUGUCAGCUCUACCCGAGACUGAAGGUGCUGGCAUUGGGGGCGAAGCCGGAAUCCACCCUGCAUACCUACUUCCCCUCCUUCCUGUCCAGAGCCACCCCUAACUGCCCCCCUGAGAUGAAGAAAGAGCUCCUGAGCAGCCUGACUGAGUGCCUGGCGGUGGACCCUCUCAGCGCCAGCGUCUGGCGGCAGCUAUACCCCAAGCACCUGUCACAGUCCAGCCUGCUGCUGGAGCACUUGCUCAGGUCCUGGGAGCGGAUUCCCAAGAAGACACAGAAAUCUUUGCAAGAAACCAUUCAGUCCUUCAAGCUUACCAACCAGGAGCUGCUGAAGAAGGGUAACUGUAAGAACCAGGAUGCCAUCAGCUGUGAUGUGGCCUGCAAGGGCCUACUAGAGCAGGCGCGGGGCUACCGGCUGCCCUGGACGAGGCUGCUACUGCUGGUGCUGGUCUUUGCCGUAGGUUUCCUGUGCCAUGACGUCCGGUCACACAGCUCUUUCCAGGCCUCCCUCUCUGGCCGGCUGCUUCAGUCAUCUGGUUUCUUGCCUGCCAGCCAACAAACCUGUGCCAAACUCUACUCCUACAGCCUUCGAGGCUACAGCUGGCUGGAGGAAACACUGCCGGCCUGGGGCUCCCAUCUGCUGGCAGUGGUGAGGCCCAGCUUGCAGCUGGCCUGGGACCACACGAAUGCCAUGGUCAGCUUCCUUUCUGCCCACUCCGCCUCCCACCUAGCCUGGUUGGGUAACGUCGUCACCAGCCUCUCCCAGAGGGUACAGACCCAGCUCCCUGAUGGCCUGAGCCAGCUCCUCCAUUCUCUGCGGGAGCUGCUCCUGCUUCUCUACCAGAACGUGCUGCUGUCGUUGUGGCAUGUGCUGCUGGAGGCCCUGGCCCUGGCCCAGGAGUACUGCCACGAUGUGUGCAGAGGUGAGGUAACCUGGGACUGCGUGAAGACACAGCUCAGCGAAGCUGCCCACUGGACCUGGCUCAGCCUACAGGACACCAUGGUGGCUUUCUUGGACUGGGCACUUUCCAUGAUAUCCCAGCAAUAGGCCCUGCCUCCCGCAACUGCUUUUGUCUGGGGCAGGUCCUGAGACUGGGGGGGACAGGGGACAUUCUGCAUGGGGUCUUUUUUACUUGGUGCCUGAGUUUCGUCUCCUAGGCAAGUGGCCAGUUGCCUCUGCCCCAGUUCUUCCAUCCUUGGUAAAGACAAGCCCAGAGGUAUCCCACCUCCUAACCAUGAUUCCACUGGACACUGCUCUGGCCCUAUUGCACAUAGCUCUCAGCCUUUGUCCUUGUCCCCAGCUCUCCACUUCCUGCCUUCUCAUUCCUAAAACCCCAAUAGCUCAUUUCCCAAAAGGUGACUCUAGCAAGUGGCUACUGUGUUCUUCCGAUUAGCCACAGCAGAAUAAAGGAAGGAACCCCCAGAAGAUUACAGUACAACAGUUGGCAGUAACCGCUUCACACCUACCCACAGCCUGGGUGUGCUGUCCCUGGACUCGGAGGCCUGGCUGAAAAGGCCUCACCACAGACUGCCCAACUUAGGCCCUUCAAGGCCCUGAUUCCUCUCUUCACUGCUGGGGAUGGGGAGGCUGCUUUGCCUCAAGGGUUAGUGUCUCCGCUGACGACACCUACCCACUUUCCGGAGAGCAGAGCCCAGGUGGUUGUGUGCUUCUGAUCCAGGGAACCUUCCAACAGUCUGAGAUGGGAUUCAGCAUCUGGUGCCUGGGCAUGCCUACUAGACGGAAUAAAGGAUAUAUUUGAUUUCUAGAUCUCCUUUCUGCAUCCUCAGCUAGGAGUUCCCAGUGCUGUGGGACAGGGCAGCAAAUAGCAGGCAGCCACCUAUUCUCUGACUCUGCUCCUGGGACUGGUGGCCGCUGGUGCAGCAGUUGAGCCCCCUGUGUCCACUUUGGCCUGCUGAGUGUUCUAGGUGCUCUCCUCCUGCCACCUAGUCAUGGUGUCUUGGCUCUGCGAUUCAAGUUCCAGGAUGUGCUUUGAAAGCUUGAGUAUUUUCCAAAGCUUGGGAAAGCAGGGGCAUCUCCUAGGGCACUUCCUGGCCGGUGAGCACGAGUGUCUUGUAGGUCCUUGCCAGGACCUUAUUAAUAGCUUCAUUUUAUAAGUGGAAGGUUUAGAACUCCAAGAGAUAUGUGCAUUUAAGUUUAUCCCAAGCUCCCCCACCGCACCCCCCCUUUUUAAGUUAAGGCUAUGUGAGCAGUACCAGAGGUGCACUGUCACUCUGACAAGCUGGUUUCUGCCUCCAUCGUAAUGCCCCGAGGUGAUAGCCAGCUACCACUUCAGGUUUACUCAGUGCCAAGGUACUGCCUGAGUUUCCCAGGGGUGAAGUUGUAAGGAAGCCAGCGCGGGAAACAGUCUUGAUGCACAGCGUCUCUGUUGUUCCCUUUCCCGUAGGAGGAUAUAACUUCCAUAUCUCUUGGGAAUUAAGCAGCCCAUAGUGGGCAGAAGUUCACAUGUCGGACUGUACCUGAAAAAGGAAAUCCUGAUUGGCAAGGGGCCAGGUACAGGGCUAGACGGUCCUAAUACAUGCUCUGUUUCCUCAGUUCUUCACCAACCAAGCAGGGCCCUUUCUUAAGGAUGGUGAGUCAUUGUAGCAGCCCCAUAAUCAAGCCAAGUUGAAGAGGAGCCUGAGUCAGUGACAGCGCAGGGUGUCAUUCUGUGGUUAUGUGGAGUCUGGCCAGGGCCACUCAGCAGCUCUGAGAAUACCAUUUCCAGAGCUACGCUGGUUGCUAAUGCAGGCACCACAUGAACGCACCGUGUGCAUUCACUUAGUACUGACUCUACAAUCCAGGAAUGCAGCACUUCUCUUCAACACUUAAGUUAAUUGGGUCUCCAGGUUCCCCUAAGGAGCGUCAAGGACCCCUGACAGCAUAAUGGGCUUUAUUUUAUAGACAUUUUAACCCAGUGUCGCAAUUGUCCAGAAAUUUUCCUGUCAGAGAAGUCCAGCUGUGCACCUGCUGUCCAUUACAGUAAGCCAGACAUCAGAUGGCUUGUGUUUGCAGAGUUAACAAGCAUCCAAGCUGAGCCAGUGAGUAGAGCAGAGAGCCUUGGUAUAGCAAGUAUAGGAGUGCCCCUCACCUCAGGGUCUUGUCUGGACAUUGUAACUUCACACACAGCUGGUGCUGAGUAGAUAACAUGCCAAAACUGAAGGGCAGUUUGAAUAUGGUUCCACUUAGUAUAGUUACUGUCAGCCAUAUCACAACUCAUUUGAAAGCCAUUUUUCUAAACCUUAAAACACUUUACAUUCCUCCAGUUGUACCUAGUCUACAACUUCAGCUUUAGAGAAGCAUGGUUGGCGGAUAGCUGGAUCACUGCAGAUAAUGUUGCUGGGCUCACACUUGCAGCAUUUUGGAUCCUCUAAAGCCACGACCCUGAGUGUGUCCAAUGGAGAGAGGCAAGAAUGACCCAAUUGUCAGUUAUGCAGAAAUUUCAGUGGUGGAUAGCCUCUGAGUAUUUAUUUUUUUAAUUUAUUUUUGUAUACAAGAAGUGGGGUGUAGCCAGAGAGGGUGGCAAGA